AUGAGAACACUCUUUUUUGUUGGUGGUGUGGUUCUCUUACUGAUUCUUUUAGUCUUGCCCAGUUCAACCUUGGCUUCCGAUGUUUUGAAAUUGGCUCCUGUUGGUCCUUCUCCAUCUUCAUUGCUGAAUUCCUGGUCCAUUGGUGAUGCUAAUAAUGCUUUGGUCAAUUGUGAAGUAUUCUUUGAUUUGUGUUGCCCAGAUUGUUCUCAACAUUGGACUGAUGUUUUUAAACCAUUGAUCAAGUAUUAUUUCAAUAAUUCAACUCAAACCAACCCUAAAGUUAGACUCAUGGUUCAUUUGAUGCAAUUACCAAUGCACAUUGCUGGUUAUUAUUCAUCGACUGCAUUUAUCAUUGUCAACAAGUAUUCAAAUUAUAAUGCAGAUAUUGUUUACCGAUUUUUGGAUAGUGUAUUUACCAAUCAAGGUCCAAUUCAAAAUCAAUCACUUCAAAAAUUGAACCAACUUGAAAUAUUUACUGUGAUUUACAAUACUUACGUUCGUCCUUUGAAUUUAUUGUCCUUGACUCAAUUUAUCAAUGAAAUGAGCUCGCAAGAGAAUUUUGUAAAGACUGCCUCAAUGUUCAGGAUGGCUACAUCUAGAUCUGUUUCUGGUACACCAACAUUCUUUGUCAAUUAUGUGCCUGUAUUUAAUGGUUAUCAAUUAACGGCUUCAGACUGGAUUUCUACAUUCAACAACAUUAUUGCCAACAAUUAA